GAAAUGGGGCAGCUUUUAGUAUAUGUCGCUUUCGUUUAGAGAACCGUCGUCGACGCCGAUUAUUGAUUUAGAUUAGCUUCCCCGGAAUUCUUCAGGUUUCUCAUUUCAGAAUAGAUGCGACGACUGCGGGGGCUGUUCUUGCGUUUAUGAUUCAGGUUCUUAUUAUUUGGGAAUCAUAAAGCGAAUUUUGAAAAUUGUAACCCUAUGAGGUUGCUUUACUUUUCUCCAAGAUUAAACAUAGUGGUCUUCGUCACUGUAGCUGUGGGAUUAGUUACUUUUUCUUCAUAUUUUAUUGAUGGCAACAUUUGGGGCACAAAUCAUAAGUUUUAUCCUGUAUCUAGGGUUCCGAUUAAGGGGCCUGGCAAACCUCCAAUAUUUGCUUAUUGGAUUUCUGGCACCAAGGGUGAUGGAAAGAAGAUUUUUAGGCUGCUGAAAGCUGUCUAUCAUCCAAGGAAUCGUUAUCUUUUGCAUCUUGAUGCAGGGUCCACUGAAUCUGAAAGGAGAAACUUGGCUAGAUUGGUUCAAUAUGAGAAGAUUUUUCAAGCUUUCUCAAAUGUUGAUGUAAUUGGGAAGGCUUAUGCGGUUGAUCGAAGUGGGUCUUCAGUGGUUGCUGCUAUACUUCAUGGAGCUGCAGUUAUGCUCAAGAUUUGGAAUGAUUGGGAUUGGUUGAUCACUUUAAGUGCUUUAGAUUAUCCCGUUGUUACUCAGGAUGAUCUGCUGUAUGCGUUUACUUCAUUGCCUAGGGAUCUUAAUUUCAUUGAUCACACGAGUGAUCUUGGGUGGAAAGAGUCUGAAAGAUUUGAUAAAAUAAUUGUAGAUCCAAACCUUUAUAUGGACAGUAAUAUGAAAUGCUUUAUGGCUUCAGAAACUCGGCAAACCCCUGAUGCUUUCAGAAUAUUCACAGGUUCUCCUUGGGUGAUACUCAGUAGAUCUUUCAUGAAGCACUGCAUAUACAGCUUAGAUAAUCUCCCAAGGAAACUUCUCAUGUAUUUUACCAAUGUGGCUUUUGCUGCUGAAUCCUACUUCCAAACUGUAAUCUGCAAUUCUCCAGAUUUUCAGAACACGACUGUGAACACUGAUCUUAGAUACUUUGUGUGGGAAAAUCCUCCUACGCUCGAACCACUUUUAUUAAACCAAUCUAAUUAUAAAGCAAUGGUCAAGAGUGGAGCAGCUUUCGCUCGGAGGUUCAUCGAGGACGAUCCUGUACUCCAAAAAGUUGACAAGUUGAUUCUGAGAAGAAAACCAAAUGGUGUUGGCCCUGGUAAGUGGUGUUCAGGACCGGAUCCAAAUCGCAAGGGAUUGGGUGCAGAUGUGUGCGCAAUUUGGGGAGAUAUCAAUGUGAUUGAGCCCCGGUCGACCGCGAAGAAACUUAGAAAACGGAUAGCUAAGGUUGUUUCAGAUGAAAGGUUGCAUGCAAAUCAGUGUAAAGUAUAGAAAGAGUAUAUUCAGUUCUGUAUCAUAUUUGUAUUAAUACAAAAUGAGGAGGUGAUGCUGAUCCUGCAGCGCGGCCUGUAUAUAGGAGGGUAGCAGCUUUUUGAGAGACUCGUUUGUUUCUUGGGAAGAAAUAAAGAAUAAACUUUUUAUGGAGGGAUUGUGGAGAGGGCGUCAUCUGGGGGCAGUCUGAUUCCUGUGAUGUGCAGCCUUCUUGUUGGAAGACUACUUUUGUUUACUUAAGAAAUAGAGUAAUACAGCUUAGAUGAAAUUAUUUGUAUAUCACUGUUAAACUACAUAAUGCUCUUUCUCUCACUCACUCUCUCUCAAAGUUAGAAUAAUAAUACAAAAAUUAGAAAGCAUUUUUUA